AUGGUCGUAAGUCGCAUGCAGAAAUUAAGGCAAGAUUUACACGGAAAAUAUGUCUUUAAACUUCUUAUAGUGUUAUUUGGUUUAAGAAUUAAUGACACCCAACAAUCUACAUCAGUUACAUCUGCAAUACCAGUUCUUGAUUAUUCAGUACCAGAGUGGGCUGCUGAGCCACCAGUUGAUGCUGAUUAUGGCUUUGACAUUAUUAAAAACGGCCUUGUAGUCGAAACGCUAAAAUUUUCGUCCAGAAAAUCUACAACGUUUAUUACAGUUGGUCGUCUACCAUCAUGUGACAUUCGUUUAGAACACCCAAGCGUUUCUAGAUACCACUGUGUGCUACAAUAUGGCAAUGGUAUCAUGGAAAAAGCUAGAAAAGGAUGGUAUGUUUUCGAUUUAGGGAGCACACACGGCACUAAAUUGAACAAACGGCGCAUUCCACCAAAGCAGUACAUAAGAAUAUGGGUUGGACAUGUGCUUCAAAUCGGAGGAAGCACCAGAAUAAUGAAUCUUGUUGGUCCGCCCACUGAUGUUGAGCCUGAAUGGGAGUAUUCCCCAACAGAGAUGAAGAAAAUGAGAGAGCAAGAAAGGAUAGCAAAAGAGAGUAAGCUAAAGGAAGAGUUGAACAAAGCACAUCAGUCUUCUGAGUCAGAGUCUGAUGAAGAAACAUAUCAUGAAAGGUUGGGAAAGUACUUCGAUGCAGAGGACAAUCAAGAGAAAUACCAAAAAGACCCUUUAAAGGUCCUUAGUCACUUCUUUGAAGAGGAAGGCUUUGACAUGGAGUUCUCUUUCACCGAAAUGGGUACUGGGCGAACUCACAAAUGGCACUGCUCUAUAGAGUUGCCAGUAGACACAGCUACUGGUCAGUCGUUGUCUGCUAGUGCGUCAUGUAGUGGAAGUAAAAAAGAAGCACAGGUUGCAUGCGCUUUGAACGCUUGCCAUAUAUUGGACGCACAAGGAGUAUUGUAUCGAAGAAGUAAUGUUCGGCGUAGGAAAGAGAGGGAUUUGGAAGAAAAUGAUUUUUAUGACUCUGACGAAGACACGUUCUUUGAUCGUACUGGCCAAAUCGAAAAAAGUCGAGAAAAUAGACGGAAACGUGCUUUGAAAGCACAAGGAAAACCAACUGAAGAAACUGAAACUUACGAGAGUCUACUCAGGAAAAUUAGUGAAAUUGAGGCGGAGAUGAAAAGUCUUCAAGCACGGCUUCUUACCUUAUCCGGUAGGGAAACGAGAAGGAAAGAAUUUGUCGAAGAUGAUGAUAUAGAUGCGUUUUACAAAGAUAUUAUAAGUAAGGAAACAGACGACCUGACAACCAAAACGGAGAAGUCGCAGCUACGUUUACAAUUAACUGAAUUAAAGCAUGAAAAAGAAAGAAUGGAGAAACUGGCUAGGAUUGUCAAGCCUUUAGAAUUGCCUAAGUUAGAACCGACUUCUCAGGCUUCAGGGACAGAGAAGGGGAUAACGGCGAAUGCAAAUAAAGUUUUUGCGGCGACAAUGAAGAAGUUAGCGCAGCUAAGACGUGCUAAGGCGGUAAAUGCUGCUGAGAAUCCAAAUGAGGGAAGCUCUGCGGUUCAAACGGCUGACGAUGUAUUUGUUGCUGAAGAGGAAGAUGAUAAAAAGUCAGAGUGCGAUGAAACUCCUAGAAUUUCGAGUCUUUAUUCCUCAAGAUCAGGUGACAGAGCUUCACCUGAUGUUUCGCCUAAUGCAAAUGAGCAAGAGGGAGAAGGUAGUUUGACGGCAGCAGAACUGCAUGAUGUGAGUGUGGUGCAAGAAGAGGAUGACAGUUGUGCAAGUGGUACAGAAAUUAGGAAGCAAACAAAACGCGAGGAUUCAGCGGAGCUUGAAAUUCGAACAAAAAGGCCUAGAGUACGAACUCGGCUCAGUAAAGAAAGUGGGAAGGUUAGCACUGGGGAUGCCACUAACCGUUUAAAUGCAGCAGAUUAUGGUGAAGGUUGCGUAAAUCGUGAUGAGGAUUACAUUACGUGGGUUCCUCCUGACACGCAAUCUGGUGAUGGAAGAACGGCUUUGAAUGAAAAAUUUGGUGGUAGAUAUUAA